UCGGCGGCGCAAUGAUGGCCGCCUCGCCUCGAGCGGCGAAGCUGGAGGCCUCCAGUCUCCAAACUCCGGAAAAUCCCAGCAUCGGAGCGCAGGUCGCCCAGAAUGAACGCGAAGACCCUUCGGAGGCCCUGGUGGCGGCGGCGGCAGCCUUAGAGGAGGAAGAAGGCGACGAAGAGGAGAAGGCGGUGCUGCCGGCGCCGGCGGGGGCUGAUUUUAACACCCACAUUUCUGAGGUGGACGAACAAACACAUAUAAGCAAGGAGGACUUUGUGGACUUUUCUGAUAUAUACCACUCGAAUGAAGAGUAUUUUAGGAAGCUAGAAGAGCUGAAAGCUGCCCACUUGGAAACUAUGGCAAAGUUAGAGAAGAUGUACCAGAAUAAAUUAAAUUUAAAAGAAGUUCAGCCAGUGAUCAUCAGGGAAGAAGCUUCUAGUGUCUCUUCCACGUCUGAUUCAGAAAAGAACUCCUAUCACACUAUCUCAUUAAUGACAUCAUUUUCAGAGCCUGAUUUAGGGCAGCCUUCCUCCUUGACUAUGUCUUCCUCUGAAGAUGAGUUGCCGAACUCAGAAAAAGAGUAUCCUGAGAAAAAGAGGGUGAUGAGCUAUGCUAAAGAACUCAUUAACAACAUGUGGACAAAUUUUUCUGUUGAAGAUUAUAUUCAGUAUAAAGAUGCUGAUUUCCCUGCAGUUGAAAAAACAAAGAAGAAACCAAGAGAAUGGGUGCCAAAGAUUACAGUACCUGAGCCUUUUCAAAUGAUGAUUAGGGAACAGAGGAAAAAAGAAGAGAACAUGAAAUCUAAAUCAGAUAUUGAAAUGGCACACCAAGUGCUCAGAGAACAAGAAGAAUCAGAGUGUAAGAAAAAAUUCCGAGCCAAUCCAGUUCCUGCAUUCGUCUUUCUCCCCCUUUAUCAUGACAUAGUCAAGCAAAAUGAAGAACGCAGGAGGCGUUUGAAGGAAAAAACCAAAGAAGCUCUUUUGGCCUCACAAAAACCAUUUAAGUUUAUUGCAAGGGAGGAACAGAAGCAAGCAAUCCGGGAAAAGCAGCUGAGAGACUUAUGCAAGUCUAAAAAGAAAACAAAUCAAUUUAAGGCCAGACCUAUACCUCGAUCUACUUAUGGCUCAACCUCCAAUGAAAAAUUAAAAGAAGAAGAGCUCUAUAGAGAGAUUGUGACGCAGCUGAGGGCCCAAGAGCUUUUGCAGUAUUCAUCUCCUCUGCCUUGUAGGUCAGGUCGCAGAAGCUGUGCUCCAAGGAAGCUCAAGUGUCCUGAACAGGUUGAAAAGUUGAAGUGUAAACACAAGUUGAGAUGCCAGACUGCCGAUUUUGAAGACCUUCCUGAGAGAUACCGGAAACAUCUCUCAGAACAGAAGUGUUCAAAACUCCUAACCGUUGGCCGUAAACCGUCUGGUCUUCAUGUGGCCUCUAGCGCAUCCACUAAAAGAGAGAAAACUCUGGCAGACAUUGCAGCAGAUGAAGAACAUUUAAAAGAAACACGGCCUAAUCUCUCUCCAAGGCACAGACUGACAGUAAGAAGUGCAAGUGCAAAGCCUGUGCCUUGUAACUACAACCCUCCAGUGCCCACAGUGUCUUCCAGAGGAAGAGAGCAAGCCACGAGGAGAUCACUUGAGGAAAAGAAAAUGUUGGAAGAAGAGAGAAAUCGGAUCCUAACUAAGCAGAAGCAAAGAAUGAAAGAAUUGCAGAAACUCCUGACAAUCCGGGCUAAGGCUUAUGACUCACAUCAAAGUUUAGCUCAAAUGUCUAAAUCCAGAGUCAAAUCUCUCAGAAAGAGUGAAAAGGAAAGGAUGAGAGAAUACCAACGAGAACUAGAAGAAAGAGAAGAAAAAUUAAGACACAGGCCGCUACUAUUUGAAAGAGUUGCUCAGAAAAAUGCAAGAAUGGCAGCAGAAAAGCAUUAUUCUAACACCCUAAAAGCACUAGGACUGUCUGAUGAGUUUGUUUCAAAGAAAGGCCAAAGUGGAAAAAUAAUUGAGUACUUCAGCAAUCAAGAGAUGAAGAGCUUCGCUGAAGAUAAAGAAAGCUUUGAGGAAGAAGAAAAAAGAGAAGAAAGAGAGAGUGGGGAGGAAAAUCAUUUUAUGGAUACGAACAGCCAGGAUUCUUACAAGGAAAAAGAGGAAGCUGAUGAAGAGAGCGAAGAAGAGAAAUCUGUUAAGGAGUAACACAGUCCCUACGGCUCUCCCAUCUGCGCCUGCACUGUCGAUGGCAGCCGUGGGCCUAACCAUCCAUGCUUGUGGUGUGAAGAACAUCUACAAGAGCCCUCCAACAGGUACAGGGCUCUUGAGCAAAGUCAUCUGUAACCUGAAAAGGCCCAAGUCCAGCCAAACUGUUGUUCAGGUCAUUUAGGGUAAGGCUCUGCCUAGUCAAGUUUUUUAAUCACUCCUGAUGGUUCGCAACUUUGAUCUUACUUGUAUUCUUUAAAAGAGCAUUUGAGAAUCAUAGUUGUCACAAACUGAUUGGUUAGAAAAGUAUAUGUUACUUCUGUAUUUGGUGUGGAAACAAAUGGCAUGGCAUUGAGAGCAGAAGUAUUGGCUUUUGGUGAUUCAAAAAAAUUUUUCUGGAAAGUCUGAAUCAAUAAAUCUUCAAAUUAUACUAUUUGCCCAUUCUUUUCCUCUGUGAUACAUCUCACAAAAUGAAUCCUCACACUUGUUUUACUGGGUAUUUAAAGUUUCUUAUCUGAGCCAUUUUUUAAAAAGCAAUAAAA